CGCCGCUGCCGUCCGGUCCGUACGGAUAUCGAGGAAGGCAGCUGCUGUCGGCCGUCGCGUCGCGUUUACGCGUUUCCGUCUCCGCUGCUCGGCGAAACGGUUUUUAGUCCGACAGUUCCUGUGUCCGUCGUAUCAACGAGCGCGCGCGCGCGCAACACACGGACCGCCGACGAUACCGUUUCGCCAGCCGCAAUAAAUACGACGCGUACGUUUCCCGUUUUCGCGCAGCCGUGACACGCUGGUACCGGGCGCGCCGACGAUUUCCGCGCGGCCGUUGUAAACCGUUUGAAAAAUACCCGCGCCACCGCGUUCCGUGCCGCCCGUCCCGCGUACGCGCGCGUCUUUGGCGUGUCACCACGCUGUUGCCGGGCGCGUUAUUCGCGUAAGGGAUCGAACGCCCGACCUGCCCGAGCGCGAGUCACCGUCAAUCGGUCGUUAAUUACGUUUACGAGAAAUAACACUUGACAAACGGGCAUUACGUCGGCGGAAAAUACUGUAUACACGUAUAUGUAUAUGUAUACACAUACAUAUCGGUAAGUAUACGCGUGCCCGUAGAAACGCACGAGUUAUAAAUUUAAAAACGUGAAACCGUCGGUCACAUUAAAAUGUCGUUUUACAUCUCCCGUUUCGUCCGCUGUGUAUUUUUCAAUUCGAAACAUUGUCAAACAGACCUGUAGCGAAUAUAAAAAAAAAAUGUACAAAAUACUAUUUAACACGAUAAAAUUGUUUUCCGGUUUUUUUUAUAAACAUAUACAUAUGGGUGUACGAUAUUAUUACCGUGGCAUUUGAAUCGCGAUUUAUUUUUACGUUAUAAAAAAAAAAAAAUGUACUGAUUAAACCUAUAUUAGGUGCAGUGUUAUCGCAAUGAUAACGAUAUGUUUUUUUCUAUUCACGGUGUAAUGUUGCGAUUUGCUAACGACUGCGGACUGCAAAUGUCGUCAUGAAAUAUUACGCAAUUGUAUAUUUUUGUUAAUAAUAUUUUAAUUUUUCUUAGAAAGUAUUAAUUUUCUUCGAUAAUUUUUUACCCGAUAUAUACGGGUAUACCCAAACCCGGAUUAAGACAAUUUCGGGCCUGGGGCCAAACAGUUUUAUGGGUCCGUAAACAUAUUGGCAAUAUCGGUGUUUAUACAGUACUACCAGCCAAGGCCAGGGGCCCGGGUCCCCGUCCCCCCUUGGCAGUUAUAUUGUAUUUUUAGUUGUAAUAAUAUAAUUAUAUAAUAUUCAUUAUAUAAUUUAUAAAAUUGAAAAUUAUAACGAUUAUAAAUCGUCGUUUAAAUUGCAGUUAGACCAAUUAUUACGAUGGUCGAUAAUAUUGAUAUAGGUACUUAUUUGAUUGCAAUCCUAUCUGUAUUCUAUAUGUAUAGUGUUCAUUGUUCAACAUUUAUACGACAAAGUUCGCCCCAUCCCCCCUCCUCCCGAAAAGGAAAAUUCUAUAUCCGCCAUUGGAGUAUAUACCCAUGGUGCCUUUGGUAUCCAAAAAUAAUAUAAAUAUUUACAUACAUAACUACCUGGCUGUUUUUAUUAUCACUAAAUAUUAUUAUAUUAUAGGUAAUGUAUUGUUAUACUGCUUCUCUUGUACAAAAAUAAUAUUCUUCGAUCUUCAGUAAACACGAUUGCUCGGCAUGGUGUGCCUACUUACUGUUUGCUUGAUAUAAAAUAGCGUCAUUGAACUCAGCCUAACGCGUGGGGGCUCUACCCCCGACCCCCUUAUACCAAUUUUUAAACAUAAUUCGGUUACGAAAAACAACGACACUAUGCAGCCCGCGCAGGCUGAGUUUAUGUGCUUACAGUAUAUUUAUUUUAGAUUCGACUACCGGCAUUACGAUAGGUGUUUUUACUUUUCAGUCCGUAAACAGCUUACCCGUCUGCCGCAAAUCUUACUCCGUGAGAUCUUCGCAGCGUCCCCCUCCAAUUCGAGCGCUGUAUAAAUCGAAUCGUACUCGACACCUGCUAUUUACUGGGCUGGUGAUGGCGAAACGAUUACCUGCGACAAUCCAGUAGCAACCUAUAGUCCACUAUUCGGUACCCAAACACCCAUAUUUUUGCUAAAGUAGUACGGUGAACGAGUAUAUUAACGUUUAGUUAUUUUCAAAUCGAGCAUCCAUCCACCCCUAAAUCUUAAAUAGUGACCGCUACUCAAAGGUCGUAUUCGUUUCGCCGCUGUACCCGCAGGCUACGGGCUACGCGGCGUUAAUAAACCGGCGAUGUGGGUGUGCACGUUGAAUCAAUAAUGCGGGUGUAAAUGCGUUUUUGGAAGACGAAAAUUAAUUUCCAGGUAUUUGUAUUUGGCCGUUUUUCAAUCGCACGUCGCCUUACCGAUUUCUGUUAGCGCACACUGCUCGUUUGUGUGACAUGAUAAUAUUAUUGACUGUCGUUAUGGGCGAUAUAAUAAUAUAUCAGGUAUAUAUAUUUAAAAAAAAAAAAAAAAAAAAAAACGAUAAAACAUUCGGAUUAUUCGAAUAAUAAUAGAAAAAUGCAUAGAAAUACUUAUGACUAAUGCGACGGUUGUUUAAAGCGUAAGAAAUAUUAUGUAUGUGUUUUCUAGACUACUUUUAGUACCUACUUCUCUACUUAUAUAUAUAUAUAUAUACAUACACGCUAUGUACGACGACUUUUUAUAACUGUACUGUGGAACGCGCAAAAUAUGUUAACAAAUAUAAAAUAUGCGCCAACGGUUGGUGGCGAACAGCGUCGUUGACCCGAUCGUAAAAAUGAGUAUAAAAUAACGAUAAUAAUUAGGUAUUAUAAUAAAACGGCCAUAAUUUACGUUAAAUAAUUAUAACGAGUAAAUUAAAAAUGAGAAAAAAAAAAAACCAUAUAAUUUAAAAACACGAUUCUCGUCGUAAUAAUGCAUAAUAUUAGGUAGAUACCCACACCUAACCCAUACGUAGGUAUACGGCCAACAUAUUAUAAUGUACACUCUACAGGUAUACAUUUUUAAACAAAUAUUAUUGACUGACGUUUCAGUCGCCGAAGUUAUUUGAAUAUUAUUAAUUUCAAUGACGUUAAAUGAAGUAGACCUUGAAAGAAUACGACCCGGCGAUGAUGUCAAUUAAAAACAAUGUAUACAAUUACGGUAUAAAAUAUAGAAAAUACAUCGGUUCUCGUAUUUAUGUGGGAUAAAUAAUAAUACUGCACGGUCCACGUAGGCACUCCAUUGGAUAACAUUAUCGUAUCGAAAUGUAAUUAUUUUUGCAACUAUUAUUGUCGAGUUAAUUGCUGCCCUGUGCCUAUACCCUGGUUCCGUACACCAGUGCGUACCUACCUAUGUGAAAUACCUACCAAAUUAUCGAAAUCGAUAGAUUGGUAGGUAUUUAUUUACGACUUUUAAGGGAAAAUUGGGGAGGGGCGUUGCAUUAACACACUUUAGACGGCUAUCAUCUAAAGACUGGGUUUUUAGUACACCUGAAUCACACCAAGCCCACUAAUAUUACACGAGUUGCGUGUCUCUAUAGGGAGCCUCCCUAAUCCCCCUCCCCCCCCGUUAACGCGGUACAAGUAUUGAAAUACGCGAAUACAUAAAAUGUCAUCGGAAAUGUAUGCCGAUGCGGCAACUUGUUUGUUAAAUUCAAUAAUACAACAGCUCUUUAAAAUAAUAUCGUGAGUGCACCGUCACAAUAUGAAAUGCAUUAAAUAUUUGUCUAGACGAAUAGGCAAUAAUAAUAUACCUAUUCAGCGAUGUAUUGUAAUAUUGUGAUUAUAUUUUUAUUUUCCGAUGGUAAUAAACGAGGAAUAAAACAAUUUAAAUGGCCUAGCUACAGUUUACCUCUAUCCGUUUGGUCUGAAUUUUCGGCAUGUCAAGAUUUUUCUGGAAAUCAAUUUCCCAAAAUUGUUCUGUAGGUAUAGGUAAUAAAUUUAAAUUUAUCGACACCAUAAUUUAUCACCCUACUCGGUGAUACAAUCGGUUUGUAAUAACGAAAAUUGCAACGAAUAUAAAAACUAGAACAACAAAAUCUGGAACGACUCUCUUUUCUUAUUCGACAUUUUUGUAUGAGAAAAAAAUUCGUUUCAAAUUUGACCGUUCUGUGUUUUGCCAUUCAAAACAAUACUAUAUUGCGUCCAAGUUUCAAAUAACUGUAUUAAAACACGUUUAUUUUUUAUUAUUAUUUAAACGGAUAUAUAUUUUCACAGCGAUCAAUAUAUUAUUUUUUUCCGCCCAUUUAUCAAAAAAAAAAUAAUAAUAAUAAUAAUAACAGGAUUAAAAUUAUAAAUAUAUUGAUUCACUAUUGCACAAACAUAUAUAAAAUCUUUUUUGUGAUUUCUAGAUCAUUUCAAUAAAUCCAUUGGGCCAAUUUCAGUAUUUUAACGUUUUACUUCAUAAGUGGGUAAGUUGGGUAUUAUUAUAGUUAAUAAUUUUUUAUUAUCUAGUUUACUAAUAACAUGUAUAUUUUUUUAACUAUUAGGAAUGACGGAAGGAUUCAAAUCAAAGGAAAUUAUUUUACAAGCCCAAAAGAAAAUCUUAGGUAAAGUGACCAAUAAGAAUGUUGUGAAAUUGUUUAUCGACGAACGGAACGCCAGCAUUUUAGAUAAUUUGUACCGCCUUGCAAAAAUAUAUGUAAGUUUAAACGGUUUUACAUACUUAGUCUUUCAUGUUGAAUGAAUUUGUAAAAAUCUAUUCACGUUUUCUUAUACAACCUAUCACGAUUAACACCAUUGAUUAUAAAUAGUUUCUUUAUUUUAAAUAGUCUAUUUAUAAUCAAUGCUAAGUAACACCUAAAACUGUUGGUAUCAUAUGUGGAACCUGAAUAGGUUACAAUAGAAUGUACAUCAUGUAUAUUCCUAACUACUUAAAAAAUUAUUUUAUAAAUGCAAUAAUUCACAUUUAUACUCUUUUCGCCUCUUAAUGUGGAUAUUUUUUAUUUUUAUUAUUUAUUUUUAGAUUUUACAUGAUAUCUACCUAAUAUUUGUAAUGUUUACAACUACAUAAUAUACAAUUAAUAGCCAACAGAUGAGAUAUAUUAUAGUCAAUAUGAAUUUUACCCUUUGACCAGAUAAAAACCUUAUAUUUACAUUAAAAAUAAUGUUUAGUUUUUAAUAGACCAUUCUUUUGAAAUUAAAAUACCGGUACUGCAGUUGGUAUUUACAUAAAAAUAUUAUAUUUUUCAAUAUUUUAAAUAAACGCAAUAAUAAUAUUGUAUUGUGAAAUAUUUGUUUAAAUAACCUACGUGGCUUUGUAUAAUACUUAGGAAUAUUAUUAAUCAUCCAUUUGACUAAAAAUGUUGUCAUUUAAGAUUCCUAAAUGGUAAUUAGGUAAUUAGUUAUAAAAAAAAAUAUUUGUUUUACAAUAUUUUUUUUUGUAUUGAACAACACAUUUAAAAUAAUUAAACAGAUUUUUAUUUUAGUAACUAUUUCACAAUUUGCAUUGUUUAUUGUUUUGUAUUGACUAUUAUUUAUUAAAAAUCAUGUACAACAACUACCAAUAUGUGACCAAUAAUAAGUGGCAAUACCUAGUUAAUACUCAAAACAAAAUAUAUUGAAUUUAGAAUUAGAAAUAUUUCAAUAAUUUACAUGGCAUACAAUUCGAUUAAACGCGAGUUGCACUGUACAUUAUAUUUACCUACCUACUUAUUAUUAUGAACUUGAACCCCCCUCCCCCCCAGAAAGCAAACAAAUUAAAAUCGGAUAAAUAUUUGUGUAGUAUAGUUAAAUAGUACCUAUACAAAUUAUACAUAUAAUUAUUGUGUUAUUAGGUUUCAAAGCUGUGGCUAAAUAUUAAAUACAUUAAAGACUUUAUUGCACAGAAAAACUAAUUAAUAGUGAAUUAGAUUUAGUUAAAGUUAGACAAUUAGACAAUUGAAUUAUUGAAAUUUGCAUACCUACAUAUUUAAUAUUUCAUCCCUUCCAAUAAAAGCUCAUCUUCUAUAAACUAUACCAAUAGACGUCCCUUGUAGAGAAAAUUUAAAAUACACCACUGUAUGCAUUUGAUAGGUAAUAGUAAGUAUACCGUUAUCAUUAAUCAUUACAAGGAAGCUAAUUAUUUUUUCUAUUGUUCUUUUUUAGACGGGAAAUAAGAAGGAAUCCGAAAAGCUGACGAAAAACAUUAUAAAAAUAAUCGUAAAAUUAAGUAUAUUAUCUAGAAAUGAUCAAUUUGAUAAUAACGAAUUGAAAUUAGCCCAUAAUUUCAAAGACGUAUUUAGAGAAAUAAUUAUGAUCACAAUAAGCUUUUAUGAAAUAGAAUUCAGUUAUAAUAAAAAUUAUUUAACUAGUUAUUUAUUCAAAUGCAAAGAAAUACUAAAAGAUUUAACCAAAAAGCAUCUCACAGACAAGACAUUAACUCGAAUCGAUAAAAUAUUCGAAUUUUUUUCAAAUCCCCUUUUCUUAGAUACAGUAUUUAUUAAACAAGAGUCCCAAUUAAUUGUAGAUACCGUGAAGAUUUUAAUUGACGGAUUAAAAGAAUUAUUAGACAAAGAUUUAUAAAAGAGGAAUACCUACUGAAUAUUUUAAAAUAUAUUCAGUACCUACCUACCUAUAUGAUGUAUUUACCUAUACUUGUUUAUUCUACCAUAUCUACCCAUAUCAUAUCUGACAUAAAUGUACACUUAUAAGUUAUAAUCUUGUAAAUAUAAUUUAGGUACCUACCUACCUAGUUAUUAAAUGUUUUUAAAAUGUUAUUGAAUUUAAGUAUAGUCAUUAAAAUUGUAUAUUCUUUGUAAUAAUUCUUCUAGACUCUGGACUGACAUUAGUUUUUAAAUACAUUUUACUUAUCUAAGUUUGUGCACACUACCGAAAUAUUUUUAAACAUGUAUGACUUAUGAUGUAUCAAUCUGUUUAUAUUGUGUUGUAUGUAUAUGUACUAUAUGUAUAUUGUAUAAUGCAUAGGUACAUUUAUACUGUAUAUAUAUAGUGUACAUAAUAUACAUAGGUACAUUGUACCUACAUAAACGUUAAACACCUA